CCUCAUCCUCCCUCUCUCUCUCUCUCUUCAUAAGCGCAGCCUUGCUGUCAUCUCUGAGGAGGAGGAAGGGAAAGAAGGAGACUAGGCAAAGGCACGUCGAGGAUCGGAGAAAGAGAGAGGGAGAAGGAGAAGGAAGGUGAAGGAGGGCGGGAUGGCGCUGGCGGAGAGCACCCGGGGGCUCCCCAACGGAGGGGGCGGCGGCGGAGUCCGCUCCCAGCCCCCGGAGGCCACGCCAGGCUCCGUCGGAGGCACCCCCGCCAGCAUCUCUUCCUCCUCCUCUUCCUCCCCGGAGAUCGUGGAGCUGAACGUGGGCGGCCAGGUGUACGUGACGCGCCGGGGGACGGUGCUGUCUGUGCGGGGCUCCUUGCUCUGGAGGAUGUUCUCCGAGGGGGCGUCCUCCAUGCCCUCCUCUUCCCUCCCCCGGGACUCCAAGGGCCGCGUCUUCCUGGACCGCGACGGCUUCCUCUUCCGCUACGUGCUGGACUACCUCCGCGACCAGGAGCUGGUGCUGCCGGAGAGGUUCCCGGAGAGGGGGCGCCUCCAGAAGGAGGCCGAGUACUUCCAGCUCCCGGACCUGGUCCGACGCUUGGCCGCCAAUACGAACCCCUCCUCCUCCUCCAGUUCCUCGAGGGCUGGGCUGCCGGGGCUCCUGAGGGAGGCCUCGCUGUGCGCGGAGGACGCGGAGGCUCCGGAGCAGGGCCCCUCUCCCAGCCCCUCCUCCUCCUCGACGGGGGCCCCGCUCUUGGCCGCCUCGCUCUCCCUCGACGCCGGAGGAGGAGCAGGGGGCUCCGGUGGCCCCUCCUCCGGGCGGCGCUCGGGGUACAUCACCAUCGGGUACCGGGGCUCCUAUACCUUGGGCCGGGAGGCGCAGGCCGACGCCAAGUUCCGUCGGGUGGCGCGGAUCACGGUCUGCGGGAAGACGGCGCUGGCCAAGGAGGUCUUCGGGGAGACCCUCAACGAGAGCCGAGACCCCGACCGCCCCCCCGAGCGCUACACCGCCCGAUACUACCUCAAGUUCAACUUCCUGGAGCAGGCCUUCGACCGCCUCUCCGAGGCUGGCUUCCGCAUGGCCGCCUGCUCCUCCACCGGCACCUGCGCCUUCGCCCCCGAGCAGCCCGGGCCCGGCCCCGGCCCCGACGACAAGGUCUGGGCCAGCUACACCGAGUACGUCUUCUGCAGGGAGUGAGAGGGCACCCAGGGCGCCGGGACUAGGGAGACUCCCAUGGGGCCCCUUCGACGGCAGGGCUCCAGGCGAGGAGGACACCGCUUUCUUCAUGGAGCCUCCGCGCUGCAGGAAUGACCCACUUCGACGACGCUCUCUUAGCCAUGGCUUUAUGAGGCCUCUGCACUGCAGUAUAACCCACUUUGACACUGCUGUGAUAUCCCUGGCUGGAGGCAGGGGAUGCUGGGGUUUACAGUGCCCCACACAAGACACACUGAGGAAGUAUAACCCACUUUGCCACCGCUUUAGCUGCCCUGGAUGAAUGUCAGGGAGUUUGGAGGACUGUAGUGUUUGUGAGACGUCGAGCCUCCUCUGUCAGACCACAAUAAACUACACUUCCCAGGAUUCCCCGGCACUGAGUCAAGGCAGUGAAAGCAAUCCUGAGCUGGAUUGUUUCUGCAGUGUGUGUCUGGGAGCCCCGUCUUCUGAGGAUGCACCACCCUGGGAAGAGUUUAGUACAUUGAGUAUUUAGUACAUAUUUUACUAAAAGCCAGUUUAGUAAGUUUAUUAGUAAAGUCAAAUAAUCUUGGCUUCAACUGCCAGGGCUCAAUGCUGGGGGAUCCUGGGACCUGCUGUUUGUGCUCACCUCCUCCAUCAGAGAGCUCUACAGCAAACUACAGAUCCCAGGAUCCCAUAUCCCUGGCAGUUAAAGCAGUGGCAAAGUGGCCCAUUCCCAGCCCAUCCCUGGGGCCUCCUUAGACCCCUCUUGGAAAGGGAGUCAUGGAAAGAGGAGCAGAGGACUUGGACCUCUGCCUGCAAAGGGGUGGCAGCAGGGAUUGUAGCUCUCUUCCAAGAACAGCAUAGAGAUAGAUGGCCACCAGUGGCUUCUGCUUCUCUGCAAGUGUCUUUCACACAUCACAGUUGUAGCAGGUGGGUGGUGCCACCUUCAGGGUAGCAGGUCCAGGGAAUGCUGGGAUGGAUGGUUUAAUAAGAGGGGCCAACCAUUGGUGCCUGGCCAAACUGUAAGUCCCAGGAUUGCCUAUCCAAGUGCUAUAACUGUAGUAUCGAAAGGGAUCCCAGGAGGCAGAGAGGCCACUUUUGCUGCCCACUAGGCUUGGCAGCCCUGCCCUUCCUCUGCCUACAAAGAGUGUUACUCCAUCUCUACACUCCUGGCCUGGGUUUUCCUCUUCCUAUCUUUCUGCAGUGGGUCAUCCACCUUUCCUUCCCCUUGUAUCCAAAGAAUGCCUUCUGGGCUGGAAAGGAUGCUCCUCUAUUAUCUCUGUCCCCAGGUAUAAUGGUGAAUCUCUCUCUCCUUUUUGACAGGAGACUCUCCCUUGCACCUGGCUGGAUAGAAGCAGCGGAUCUCAGCCUCCUUUGGUCCUCCAGAUAUUUUAAAGUCUAAAAAUCUAGACUUCCGCUCCCAGUAUCUGUCAUCGUUGGCCAGGCUGGCCAAGGCUUCUGGGAGUUGAAGUACGAAACAGCUGAAAGGCGAGAGGCUGAGCAUCCUUGUCUAGAGCUGCUGCUUUGGCCACCUGUAUUUUUUGGCAUCCUUUGCGCUAUCCUCUUUGCAGACUCCUGCUGCAAAGGACAAUCUGAGCAGCUUACAGUUAAAAAAUUCCAUACAAUCCAAAUUAACAAAUGUUGGACUGAUAACUGCCAUCAGCCCAGUCAGGGAUGAUGGGUGUUGCAGUCCAGCAGCACCUGCAGAGCCACAGGCUGUCAAGGGUCUCUUCUUUGCCAGGCUCCUCUGCUCCUGCUUCCACCUUCUUUCUGCAUCAUGGUGAGAGACCUGCUGUAUUUGAGCAGUUGUUCCCCGUCCCCAGAAACUCCUGCCUGCUUUGAAGGAGACACAAGCAUCAUGGAGUUCACAGCCAUAUUGGUUUUUGGGGAGAGAUUCGGAUGGAGUGGAGCACCUGUUUGCAACAAGGUCAUUUUGACGCUAUUCCUCUCCGCCAUCACACAGGAGAAAAGGGAGGCCAUGCUUUAGGGGGGAUUUUUGUGUACCGUUUUGUGUACCAUUUUAUCCUCUCUCCCUCCUCUACCAUGUGCCAAAGCCUUCCCUUUCUUUCAGAUCUCCGAAAGCUGCACGAACAUAAGGUGGGGUGGGUCAGUGAAGCCGGUGUCGGCCAUCAGAGCCAGUGCUUUUGGAUUUUUAAAACCACCUGAAUGACUGGACCCUUCAUCCAGGAGCCAGGAUCUUCAAAAGCACCAAGCAGCAGUCCUUUAGAAAUGGAGGGUGCUCUCCUUAACCCAGUUCUCAAGGAAGACGGCAGUGAAGAAGACUCCUUAAAUGAACAUAACCAUAUUACUGAUACUUAUGUGUGUUUAUAAUAUACAUAUAUAUAUUUUUAAAAAGUCAAUUGCACAUGGUUUAUCCUGAAUCUAGAUUUGCUAAAGGUGGAGGUAAGGUGUUUGCUUCCUCAGACCAUAACCAUAUUCACGUGUUGUUUUGUAAACAGCGUGUCUGCUUUGGGGUGAGUGAGUGGGGUAUUGUGCGCCCAUUCUCCAAAUGCAUGUUGCCCUGCUAUUGCUGCCAGUAAAACCUCUGCAGUCGAGUGCCUCCUGUACUUAUGAAGAGUUUGGGAAAGCUGCAUUUGGGGACUGCAGCUCCCAGGAUCCCCAGAGAGCAAGCCAAUCUGGUUGGAGGAAUUCUGGGAGUUGUAGUUCCCUGUUUGUAGGCUCUCUUGUGUGACCCAGAACUCAUUGCUCAAGUACAGGAGGUGCUCCAACUUCGUGAGUUAUGGCCACUUUGGCAGGACAACUUGGGGCUCUACUAAAAACACCCUCUUCGCACAAGUAAGGCAUGAAUAGGCCAGCGGAGAUCUUGGCUUCUGAGAAAUAUCGCAGAUGGACAGAUCCCAUUAGUGUUGCCUGCAACUGUUUAAAGUUUUCUGGUUUGAUGUCCUCAAGGCAAAGUCUAAUGCUUGUUUGAAGAGUCUGUUGUUGUCAGUUUCCCGCUUCACCUUGGAUUUUUAAAAAAGUGAAGGUUAUCAAUUUGUUAGCUAGGCCAUUCUGCUAAAUAUUAAGUCUGAGUGGCCUUUUGGCUUUCUCUCAAAAGGGGCAAUGGCAAAUUUAGCUCUGGUGUAGCAUGAGCUAUUCUCCUUGUUUACUCUGGGGAGGGUUCUCAUUUAAAUAAUCCAGAUAUUUGAAUCCUUAUGUUUUUAGGAAAUUUGGCUGAUACCUUCUGUCUAGGAAGGUACCACAGCACAGAAGCACAAAUUAUUAUUUCCCCCUCUCUGGCAUUUUAUUUUUCCCACUGAGCAGUUGAAGAUCUCAAUACAAAAGCACAUUUUCCCUCUUGACCAAAAGGCGUUGUCUGUUGUUAGUUCCCCAGGGUUCCUUUUUUACACAGUCCAGUCAUUCAAAUGUUUUUCAAAUGGUGUACAUUAAAACAUAACAUUUUAUGUGUUCUGAGUUAGUUUCUUAAAAGCCACAUCUUGAUUUUAGAGCUCCAGAGUUAUGGAUGUUUGUAUUCUAACCAAAGACUAUUUUUAUUGCGUUUUAAAUUUUAAUCACAAACACAGGCCACAUACUGCCAAGCUUUUUCCUCAAAAGAUGCGGUUUCCUUAUUUGAGUAAAAGAGACCAGCAUUCACUUGUUCGGAUUGUUAAAAACAAAUGAGGGUUUACAUGUAAUAGUAAAUCCUGAUUUAGCACAAUAGUUUGGCACGACUUGAGUGAGCAGAAAGGAACCUGAGCAAAGCCUCAGAUCCUCCCCAACUCAACUGGGAGAAAGGAUAAACUAGGAUUCAUUUUUUUUUCUUGAUUCCUGGCUUGUAGUUAUGUGCAAACAGGGAAUUGUGUUUUGAAAUAACCUGGUUAAUUGUUGAACAAGCCAACCACAAAUCUGGAUUUGUUUAGGUGGAUAUAUUUUUUUAAACAAGUGCAUGUUAGCGCAUGCACUUUAUUGGUUCAUCUGUAGUGACAAGUCAGGGAUUGGGCAAAGUGAAACUAAAUCAUGGUUUGCUUCUUCCUCAGGCUGUGCAGGAGGUGGAAAGAAGUGGUAGGGAGUGUUCAAGCCCAUUGUCCUUAUGCACAUAGCCCUGAUUGAUGGUUUAGCACAGAGGCUGGCCACCUCUUUACAUGUUGCUGAACUGCAGAUCCCAUAAGCCCUAGCCAAUGUUGAAAAAUGCUGGGAGCUUCAUUUUGGCUGACUUGGUAGUGUCACAUGUGAAUACAAUGAAAAUGAGAGCCUUCCCCUUUUUCUAGCUGAAUGUGUGGCUGCCAUUUAGAUUGUUAACCUGACAUUCUUGUGAAGUUUUAUAACAGUCAUGUUCAUCCAGUCAUGCAUCCAUAGAAGAACAUCUAGUAUUUUUGCUCCGUGGGAGAUAAUUUUGAAUUGACAUAUUAUUUUUCCCAAAAGAAGCAUGAGAGGCAGAGAGAGAGUGAGAGAGAGAGAGAGAAAAGAGAGUGAGAGAGAGAAUGCUUUCAAAUAAGGACAAGCAAUAAGCUAGCAUUGGAAAGCUGGGAUUCCAGGAGAGAUUGUACCCAGGUUGUCCUAUGCCUUACUCGAUAAUAAUUCCAUUUGUGCAUAUUUUAGCUAUAAUGCCAGUCUAUUGAUUGCAAUUAAAUAUUAAAAAUGUCUUUCCUGAGAGUCAUUUGGUCUUUUUCUAGUUUUUGUUGAGUAACGCUCUCUGAAGUAUGUUUUCUAAAAUUUUGUAUACAAUCCAGUUUCCAGUAAGUGCUUAAAUUUGCUCUCAGUUGUUGUUUUUUUCCUUCCUGGUUUCUUUUUUCUAAAUGAAUCUUGUACUGUAGCUUAUUAAGUCUGUCAUAAGAGUUAUGAAUGGAGGUGGUUUAAAAAUUGAAUUUGUGACUUAACGUGUACAUAAAGUGUAUAAACAUUUUACACGGAUCAUUUAGUUUUUUAUUCAUUUACUAGUGCUAUACAGAUUUUCAUAUGCUGUACCUAGACACGCAGAGUUCUUUCAUAUUAAUCUGUGAUGCUGUACCUCUUUAUACAGAGGAAGGCCAGAGUACAAACAUUGGCAAAAUUGUAGAAGUAUGUUUGUCUACACUUACUUGCUUGAAUGUGAAUUAACAGCUAAUCUUCUGGUGGUUAAAAUGCAACCCUCAAAUGAAGGCUCAUGUAUUUUGAUUAGUGAAUGUUUAUUUGCUAUAGCAGGCUUACCCUAAAGCGCCCAUUAUUUUUAAAAUACGAAUAGGUACAAUAAAAUGAAUUAACUAUUAA